CCCGCCCCUUGCUGUGCCCUGUCCGUAACUCCAGAUUUUGACCCUGAGCUCCAGUCCCAGUUUGGGGGCAGAGGGCUGAGGACAGGACGCCCCAGAAUCAGGAGGCUCCCCUCAGGAGAUAAUAUCCUGCGUCUACAGCAGCUGUCUCUUCAGAAGUCUGGAAAUCCAGCAGGAGCCCACAGGGUAUUUCCCUGCUGUGCAGGGCCCAAGCAGCUUCAAGGUCAAAAGCUGCUAGGCCUUUUCAACUUCUGAGGACCCAACCAGCCCAGCCACUGAGGCGUUCCCUGAGUGGGUGUGCUGGAAGACCUGAGUUCUGCUGGCACGAUGCGCGUGGUGGUGAUUGGAGCAGGUGUCAUUGGGCUCUCCACUGCCCUGUGCAUCCACGAGCGUUACCAUUCGGUCCUGCCCUUGCUGGAUGUGAAGGUCUAUGCGGACCGCUUCACCCCGUUCACCAACAGCGACGUGGCUGCUGGCCUCUGUCAGGCCUACCUCUCGGACCCCAGCAACCCACAGGAAGUGCAUUGGAACCGGCAGACCUUCGACUAUCUCCUGAGCCACAUCCAUUCUCCCAACGCUGCAAACAUGGGCCUGGCCCUAAUCUCAGGCUACAACCUCUUCCGUGAAGCUUUUCCGGAUCCUUCCUGGAAGGACACAGUUCUGGGAUUUCGGAAGCUGACUGGCAGAGAGUUAGACAUGUUCCCUGAUUAUAGCUAUGGCUGGUUCAACACAAGCUUGAUUGUGGAGGGGAGGAGGUAUCUACCAUGGCUGACUGAAAGGUUAACUGAGAGGGGAGUGAAAUUCUUCCACCGGAAGGUAGAGUCUUUUGAGGAGGUAGCAAGAGAUGGUGCUGAUGUGAUUGUCAACUGUACCGGGGUGUGUGCUGGGGCAUUGCAGCCAGACCCUCUACUGAAGCCAGGCCGGGGACAAAUUAUUAAGGUGGAUGCCCCUUGGAUGAAGCACUUUAUUCUCACCCAUGACCCAGAGAAAGGCAUCUACCAGUCCCCAUACAUCAUUCCAGGGAUGCAGGCAGUGACCCUGGGAGGAAUCUUCCAGCUGGGGAAUUGGAGUGAGGUAAACAACAUCCAGGACCACAAAACCAUCUGGGAAGGCUGCUGCAGACUGGAGCCCACACUGAAGGAUGCCAAAAUUGUUGCUGAAUUUACUGGCCUCCGGCCAGUACGCCCCCAAAUUCGGCUAGAAAGAGAACGGCUUCACUUUGGAUCUUUAAACACAGAGGUCAUCCACAACUAUGGUCAUGGAGGCUAUGGGCUCACCAUCCACUGGGGUUGUGCCAUGGAGGCCACCAAGCUCUUUGGGAAGAUCCUAGAAGAAAGGAAGUUGCUCAGGAUGCCACCACCACACCUCUGAAAACACUGCCGCCCCAAGGACUCCCCAUGCCCCUCAGCCAACCAAUCAAUGUUGCCCCCCUCCCCAGCUGACACUUACCCUCCAAUUCUACCCUGGUUCCUUUCUGCAAGAAACACAAGAUGAGACGGAGGCAAGUUGGGCCCUACUUGGGACUCACUCUGAUCACUGGGGUCUCUACCCACUCCGGGAUGCACAGAAUAAAGAAUAGCUGGGGGCUGUUACAUUCUAAGUCCUCAGAAGAAAGGAAAGCUCAGAAAAUCAAAGGGGCCAGCAGAAAAUUGAGGACAGUUGAGAUUAGGUAACUUGAGGACAAAUUACAUUAACAUAUUAAAAAGGAUCUGAAAAGUCCUGCAACAAAGACAACUAACUGAUGUUCUUUCAUCUAGACCUAAACUUAUUUAGCUAUGGAACCCUUUUUGCCCAGAGCACUGAUGCCACAGAGUGCACUUGAGGGAAGCCUUUGAUAGAUCUCAUUGUAGGAAGUCAUAUGCAGAGCUGGAGUGCAGGGAGGCAGAAGAGGGAAGGCAUUGAACUAACAACAUGAUACCCAUUUGACAUCCGGGAUUCCCAACAGCAUCAGCGGCCUGCUGAAUGGUCCCACGGUAACCCCUAAGGAGGGGUCGCCAGAGGUUUCAUCACACAAGGGACUGAACUCACCAAGCAUAAUCCUUGUUUGGGGGCAAAUUUAAUGUCUCUCUUCUGUUCUGACUGAUACCCUCUGAGAUGAUAAACAGACUUCCGGAUGUUUCUGAAAGCCUUAAGUGAACCUAGAGGGCACCUUAGCUACUUUAUCUCUAAUUAUCUGUAUCAGGCUCUGGGGUGGAAUUUGCAUCUGUCUGGGUUUUUGAGAAAGACCAGAACCUGGAGGAGGCCUUCAUGCACUUGGGACCCGUGGCACCCUAUGUGCUGUGACGAGGUCUUGAUUGGCCCUCAUCAUGCCGUCUACAUCCAUGCCAUCACUAUCUGCUCCUUUCCACGCUGUGCCACCUGGUGGGAUCUCCAUGAAGCAUCUGCCAUGAUUUUGACUGACGCUGAGCUAAGUAGAGUGAGGGAACCAAGAUCUGUUAGAGUUCCCAUCCUAAUCAUAAGAAUAAGAAUAAAUUAUUAAUUAUUAUUAUUAUUAUACCUAAAACAUAUUGCCUUCUCACUGGGCAUCGGUACUCAACUCUUGCACACAUUACUUGUGUAAUGUGCAGUCACACACACACCCGCCCACAAAGUAGCUCCCAUUCCCAUUUCACUGGUGAACAAGGUACAGAGAGGCAGUUCUGGCCAAUGGCUAGGAAGGAGUAGGAAGGAGAUCGAGAGCCAGGCGUUGGGUGAUUCAAGUGCCCCACUUCCAACCAGUGCACAACACCGAAUCCCGGGCUGGGAUGUGAAGAUCCAGCUAUGGAGGAAGCUGCUGAGUAUUCCCUUGACUCCUUUAGAAGGAACUAGCUCCCUCCUCCUCAGAGCCUCAUUGGGUCAAGUCUAGGGUCUCGCCCAAGAUUGGUUGGGGGCAUCUCCCAGUACCGGGAGUGGAACACAGCAUUCAGUAUUGGGCCAAAGUGAUGACUUUUUAGAUGACAAUCUAAAAUUCCCAAGGGAGAGAAACCCCUACCGGUCAAAGCUAGGUGGUCAAGCAGGAACCCCAUGGAACUUAGAAGACAGUGAACUGACAAAAAAAAUACAGGGGCCCGGAAGUCCACCCUACACCCUUCCUCUUUUCUUUGUAAAUGGUAAGAACCUCUUUGCAAUGUGGUUUCCACUCCAUUCUGCCUGAAAUUCAGAGCAGAAGGAGCAUGGGGAACAUUCCCCAACCCACGUGACGUUGGAGGAGGUUUAGCAAGGCUUGAUUUCUCCACCUUCCCUUCACCUGCCAUUCCUGCUCUCUUCCUGAAGGUGAUCUAUGACCAUAUUUUUCAAUGAAUUCUUGGCAGCUUGAUGAAUUUAGGGAAUAUUAUCAUUCCUUGUGGAAUCGCCUGAGCGCUUUUGACGAGAAUCAAUUGACCAUAACUAUAUGGGUGUAUUUUUUGGAAUUUCAAUUCUAUUCCAUUGAUCUAUGUCUAUCCUUGCGCUAGUACCACACUAUCUUGAUUACUGUAGCUUUGUAAAAAGUCUUACAAUUAGGAAGUGUGAGUCUUCCACGUUUAUUCCUCUUUCUCAAGUGAGUUUUUUUUUUUUUUUUUUUUACUCUUCUGCAUCCUUUGUAGUUCCAUAUGAAUUCUAGAUCAAUUUGGUGGGUGCGUAUUGAUGAACACCUCAACAAUAGUAAGUCUUCUAAUCCAUGAACAUGGACUAUUUCUCCAUUUAUUCAAAUCUUCAAUUCCUUUAAGUGAUGUUCCGCAGUUUGUAAAAGGUUUGCCCUCCUUUUGUUAAACUUAUCCCUAAGAAUUUUACUCUUUCAGACAGUA